AUGGGCCCCUGUACCGCCUCCUCAUGCUGCUGCCAGGCCCGUAAUCUGUCAUGGGCCCCCGUACCGACUCCUCAUGCUGCUGCCAGGCCCGUAAUCUGUCAUGGGCCCCUGUACCGCCUCCUCAUGCUGCUGCCAGGUCCAGAGUGUGUCAUGGGUCCCUGUACGGCCUCCCAUUGCUGCUGUCUCCAUCGCCACACUCUGCCAUGUGCCACUUUCAGGUCUCCUCACACUGCUGGUGGGUUCCAUUUUGUCAUAGGGUGCUGGCAGAUUACGGGCCUCCCAUUGCUGCUGCCAGGCCCGUAAUCUGCCAUGGGCCCCCGUACCGCCUCCUCAUGCUGCUGCCAGGCCCGUAAUCUGUCCAUGGGCCCCUGUACCGGCCUCCUCAUGCUGCUGCCAGGCCGUAAUCUGUCAUGGGCCCCUGUACGGCCUCC